AAUGGGAUCCUGGUCAGGCCUCAACACCCAGUUUUGGGGAUUUUCCUAUAAAAUAUCUGUAUAAAUGCAGCUGCAGUUGUUUCUGUGCCUUUCUGUUCAACACUGAUAAUAACCUGCGCAGCAGUUUUGCAGAGCUGAAUAUUUCAGGAUGGACAACAAGGCUUACUUGGUUCAGAUGAAAAGCAGCGGAGUCCACGGAAAAACCCUGACUGGGAAGGGGAUGCUUGGGAACGGCUUCCAUCACAUGAGCCUUAACGGCAGCUUGUACCCCACCAAGACCAAGAGCCGCAGGCAGAGGUGGGAGGUGAAGCCCUCUGAGAUGGCCGAGAACACGCUGAACCCCAUCAGGGCCAUCGUGGAUGGGAUGAAACUCACCCCAAACCCAGAAAAGCCCAUGAUCUCGCUCUCUAUAGGAGAUCCCACGGUGUUUGGAAACCUGCCCACAGAUGAUGCUGUCCUUCAGGCCUUGAAGGAUGCCAUAGACUCCCAAAAAUACAACGGCUAUGCUCCUUCUGUGGGUUACUUAAAGAGUCGACAGGCAGUGGCCAACUUCUACAGCAGCCCCGAGGCUCCACUAGAGGCAGAGGAUGUGAUUUUGACCAGUGGUUGCAGUCAGGCCAUUGAGCUGGCCAUCAAUGUCUUCUGCAACCCAGGGGACAGCAUCCUGGUCCCUCGCCCAGGCUUCUCCUUGUAUAAAACGCUGGCUGUCUCUAUGGGCAUCGAGGUCAAACUCUACAACUUGUUGCCUGAAAAGUCGUGGGAGAUCGACCUGCAACACAUGGAAAGCCUCAUUGAUGAGAGGACUUCCUGUCUGAUCGUUACCAACCCGUCCAAUCCCUGUGGUUCUGUGUUCAGCAAGGAACAUCUACAGAAGAUCCUCAAAGUGGCCUCCAAGCACUGCGUUCCCAUCCUGGCAGAUGAAAUCUACAGCGACAUGGUUUUCCCAGGAUGCAGCUGUCCUUCCUUGGCGUCUCUCAGCAGCGAUGUUCCCGUUCUUUCCUGUGGUGGGCUGGCUAAGCGCUGGCUGGUACCCGGAUGGAGGAUGGGAUGGAUCCUAAUCCAUGAUAGAAAUAAUAUCUUUGGAUCUGAGAUUCGGCAGGGUCUGGUGAAACUGAGCCAGCGUAUUCUGGGAGCCUGCACCAUCGUCCAGGGGGCGCUGGAGAGCAUCCUUAAUAACACACCUCAGGGUUUCUACAGCAACACCAUCAGCUUCCUCAAGUCAAACUCUGAGAUUUGUUUCAACGAGCUGUCCAGCGUUCCAGGCCUGAACCCCAUCAUGCCCUCAGGAGCCAUGUACCUCAUGGUUGGCAUUGAAAUGGACCACUUUCCAGAUUUUAAAAAUGAUGUGGACUUCACUGAACGUCUGGUGACGGAGCAGUCCGUUUUCUGUCUGCCUGCUUCGGCGUUUGAGUAUCCUAACUUCUUCCGCAUCGUGGUGACGGUACCAGAAGCGUUGAUGGAGGAGGCCUGUGUCCGGAUCAGAGAGUUCUGCCAGUGUUAUUACAGACCCCCCAGCUGCGACGGUAAUGAUCUGGACCAGUGAUCCAGCUGAGAUGAACUGUUGUGACUGCAUCAUCUGAUCACAUAUCGGAAAUGGACAUGUCCAUACUGAUGGUGGGAUGUUCAAUGACAUCACGAGAAGACCUUAUAUUUAUACUUUAUACAGGCAACAUGUUUUAUCCUCUACUUGUUUUUGUAUAUUUAUAUACUUUGUUUAAGGGUCUGAAUGGGACAUUUUAAUCACAUAGUGGGCGUGGCCCGGCUGGUUCCUCUCGUUUAUCCUCUGGGCCAUCUUUAGAAUCUGUUUUAAAGCUUCUUCAUCAGAACCUCCCCUAUAUAUUGAUCCUACGUUCAUGAUGUUAAAUUGUAUAUGCAACUGCAUUUAUUGUUUAUGUAUCAUAAAUGCAAUUUUUAUAGGGUUGUUUAUGGUUCUCUAAUAAAGCUCUGGCAUGACUGGUGCUGAA